AUGUAUCUAUCUAUCUAUCUAUCUAUCUAUCUAUCUAUCUAUCUAUCUCGUAUUGUGUCUUUCUACCUUAGAUGGUUUCUAUCUAUCUAUCUAUCUAUCUAUCUAUCUAUCUAUCUAUCUAUCUAUCUGUGUAUUCGUUUUUUCUGUCUCCUUACGUUAUUGUCAUACCACCCUUUUUCUCCUAAAUACAUCAUCUUUAGCGAUCUUCUAUCAACUGCCUGCUUUCUCCUUUUCUUUUCCUCUCACAGACAUGCCUUGCAGUCGUCAUAUCGUCGGGUGGCACAACUCAACCUCUGUCAAAUUUUUGGUAUGGAUUCGUUCUUUUCUAUUUUUCGCUGGGCUCUUCUUUCUUUCUUUCUUUCUUUCUUACGUUUCUUUCUUUCAUUCUUUCUUCCUUUCAUUUAUUCUUCCUUUCUUUUCUUCCUUUUCUUUUUUGUUUGCAUCAUUUAUAUUAACUCUUUCAUUUUCUGUCUUGCAUUUUAUAAUUUGCUUAAUUCUCUUGUUUUCUUUCUUUCUUUCUUUGACUUACUUAUUUUAUGUUUGUCCUUCAUUUUUUCAUUCUUUUUCUCAUUAUCUUUUUUGUCAUUUUUCAAAUUAUCUUUCAUCUUUCUAUCUGAUUUUUCCUUUCUUUUUAUUUCUUUUCUUUUCUUUCUUUCUUUCUUUCACAUAUUUUGUUUUUCUCCUUCAUGUUUUCUUGCCAUUUACAUUUAUUAUUCUUUCUUUCUUUCUUUCUUUCUUUCUUUCUUUCUUUCUUUCUAUUCCUCAUCUCUUUUUAUUAUAUAUACUUUCUUUUUUCUUUCUUUCAUCUUUUUCUUUAUUUUACUUCUAUCUUUCAUGUACUUUUUUGUCCUUUGGUUUCACUCAUUUCCUUUUUUUUCGAUUUCUUUCUCGAUUUCUUUUUUUUUUUUCGAUUUCUUUCUUUCUCGAUUUCCCAUUUUAACUCAUUUAUUUAAACCUGCGAACUCUUCUUCCUCCAAAAAUAUCUAUUUUUGUCUUAUCUUUCUUUCUUUCUUUUCUUUCUUUCUUUCUUUCUUUUCUUUUUUCUUUCUUUUUUCCGACUUCAAAUAUUCUUUCUUUCUUUCUUUUCUUUCUUUCUUUCUUUCUUUCUUUCUUUCUUUCUUUCUUUUCUUUUCUCUUUCUCCAAAUUUUUUUUUUUCUUUCUUUUCUUUCUUUCUUUCUUUCUUUCUUUCCACUGCUUUUCUUUCCGACUCCAAAUAUUCUUUCUUUCUUUCUUUCUUUCUUUCUUUCUUUCUUUUCUUUCCUGCUUUUUCUUUUUCCAAAUAUUUUUUCUUUCUUUCUUUCUUUCUUUUUUUCUUUCUUUCUUUCUUUCUUUCUUUCUUUUCUCUUUCCGACUCCAAAUAUUCUUUCUUUUUCUUUCUUUCUUUCUUUCUUUCUUUUCUCUUUCCGACUUCAAAUUUCUUUCUUUCUUUCUUUCUUUUUUCUUUCCGACUUUCCAAAUAUUUCCGACUCCAAAUAUUUUUCUUUCUUUCUUUCUUUCUUUCUUUCUUUCUUUCUUUUCUCUUUCCGACUUUCUUUCUUUUCUUUCCGACUUCAAAUAUUCUUUCUUUCUUUCUUUCUUUCUUUCUUUCUUUCUUUUUCUUUCCCUGCUUUUCUCUUUCCGACUCCAAAUAUUUCUUUUUUUUCUUUCUUUCUUUCUUUCUUUUUUUUCUUUCUUUCUUUUUCUUUCCGACUUUCUUUCUUUUUCUCUUUCUUUCUUCAACUUUCUUUCUUUUUUUUUUCAAAUUUCUUUCUUUUUUCUUUUCUUUCUUUCUUUCUUUCUUUCUUUCUUUCCACUGCUUUUCUCUUUCCGACUCCAAAUAUUUAUUCUUUCUUUCUUUCUUUCUUUCUUUCUUUCUUUCUUUUUUCUUUCCGACUUUCUUUCUUUUCUCUUUCCGACUUCAAAUAUUCUUUCUUUCUUUCUUUCUUUCUUUCUUUCUUUCUUUCUUUCUUUCUUUCUUUCUUUCCACUGCUUUUCUCUUUCCGACUCCAAAUAUUCUUUCUUUCUUUCUUUCUUUUCUCUUUCCGACUUCCAAAUAUUCUUUCUUUCUUUCUUUCUUUUCUUUCUUUCUUUCCGACUUUCUUUCUUUUCUCUUUCCGACUUCAAAUAUUCUUUCUUUCUUUCUUUCUUUCUUUCUUUCUUUCUUUCUUUCUUUCUUUCCACUGCUUUUCUCUUUCCGACUCCAAAUAUUCUUUCUUUCUUUCUUUCUUUCUUUCUUUCUUUCUUUCUUUCUUUCUUUACAUCUAUCGUAUUCCCGAUUCUUUUUACCAAUCUUUCUUUCUUUAUUUUUUUCUUUCCACUACUUUUCUCUUUCCGACUCUACAUAUGCUUUCUUUCUUUCUUUCUUGUUUUUUCAUUCUUUCUUUUUUUCUGUUUCUCAUUUUUCAAUUUUUCCCUCUCUGUCGCUCCUAGUUCUGAUUCUGUUUAUCACUCUUUCAUUCUCUCAUCUUUCUUUCCUUCUACUCUUUUUUUCUUUUUCCGACCCCAAUAUGCUUUCUUUCUUUUUUUCUUUCCCUAUUUUUUUUCCUCUUGCCCGUUUCCUUCCUGGAAACCAUUUUCUUUUCUUCACUUAUUCUUCCUUACCUUUAAAUUCUUGCAACUUUUUCUACAUUUUUCUUUUUCUAUCGAAGCAUUUCGUUUUUCGUUUCACUCUGUACCAACUGAUUUUCACUUUUAUUUAUCUGCUUCGUUUAUUUCUUUCUUCUUUUUCAUAUCUAUUAUUUUCCGUCUUAUCUUCCUCUUCUCCUUCCUUUUUUUCUUUCUGUUUUAAUCUCUUUUCGUUUUUCUUCUUUUCUAUCUUUCUUUUCUUUUUUUUUAAUCUCUAUUUCUUUGCCUUUUUAUCUUCCUGGUUCCUUUUCUUCUUUUUGUCGAUUUUUUUUUUUAUACUUUUUCGUUUUCACAUUUCUUGUUUUCAUUUUUCUUUAUUUAUUGUAAUUUUCUUCUUUUUUUUCUACUUCCUUUCCUUGCUUUUUUUUUCACUUUUUUCGAUCUCUUCUUUACUUUGA